AUGGCUAACUACCAAUAUCGCAAUUCCCAGUACGGCAGUCAACCUGCGAGCGAGAAGUACGAUAAUGGUGUUCAGAGACGGCCGACAGGCAAAGAAGGGCGUAACACGCGGUCCAGCGAAGGCACAGUCAGCACAGUCAUGAGCGCGUCGACGGGUAGAGAAUCAUCGGGGACGCACGUCACAGACGCACCCGCAUACUCCAAGAAGAUCGUAGUAGUCGGCGACGGCGGCUGCGGAAAGACAUGUCUCCUAAUCAGUUACAGUCAAGGAUAUUUCCCUGAGAAAUAUGUCCCGACUGUCUUCGAAAAUUACAUCACAUACCCGACUCACCAACCGAGUGGUAAGACCGUCGAGCUUGCGCUGUGGGAUACCGCCGGUCAAGAAGAAUACGAUAGGCUACGGCCGCUGUCGUACCCGGAGACAGACUUAAUAUUUGUUUGUUUCGCCAUCGACUGUCCCAACUCCUUAGACAAUGUCCUCGACAAGUGGUACCCCGAGGUUCUCCACUUCUGUCCUUACACACCUCUCAUCCUCGUCGGACUGAAAUCGGACCUGCGGAACAAGAAGACCUGUAUCGAGAUGCUCAAGACGCAAGGCCUUACGCCUGUCACUACCGAGCAGGGCAUGGCGGUCGCCAAGAAGAUGGGCGCCCAGUACAUGGAGUGCAGUAGCAAGGAGAUGACGGGCGUAGAUGAGAUCUUCGAUAAGGCGAUCCAGACCGUAGUGGCCAACGAUCGGCGUAACCUCGAGGUGGCAAUGGCUGCGGCUCCCUCGUCCGUCGGCGGCGGUAGUAGCGCUGCGGGCGGGGGACGAGACAGCGGCGGGAUCCCCGGGAUCCGUACUUUUAAGAAGAAGAAGCGGAACUGCAACUUCUUGUGA